AAAGCUAUGUUUGCCAAUUUACACACACAAAGCAGUCUUCAAAAAAAAGAUCCUCUCUCUUCUCCUUUAAUACAGUUACUUUCUCUCUCUACUGUUACACAACAAUGGCGGUUUCAACUAGAAGAACAACCGGACCGGUGCUAAGAUCUCACUCGCCGGCCGGAAGAUUCUACAACUCAUCUUCGUCGUCCUUUGCCUCAGCCAGCUCCGCCUUCUCAUCCAGAUCCACUUCGUUUUUUGAACAAAGAUCGGCGUCGCCAACUCCGGUGAACGUAUUCGGAACAUCGUCGUCGUCCGUACGGUUUUCCUUCGACAACCGUCCAAUUUCUCCAAGCAGAUCAAUAUCUUCGCUGCCUAGGAAUCAUAAUCAGGCGGUGAAGAAACAGGAAACUCCGAAGAGGACGUGUAUGUGUUCACCUACGUCGCAUCCAGGAUCAUUCAGGUGCAGCUUGCAUAAGAACACCAACAACAACAGUAACCACCACAAUACGGCGACGUAUCCUUCAAAUCGUCUCAACGCGAGGAGGUCUACGAUGACUAACUCGCUUGUCCGUAUAGGAACUGUCGAAGGUGGUGAUUUGGUCAAGAGAGCUCUUGCGGCGUUGAUCCGGCCUUCAUCUCAUCAGCAGCGACGGAGAACCUCGUUUCAGGCUAGGCCGAGUCGGCUAUCAGUCAUGUCAAAGGCGGAGGAGUUGUAGAUUUCAAAAGUUUCGGUAUGUUCGUUGAUUACACUACACUCUCAACUAUCCGGCGGCGUCGACGGUUAACAACAGAUCGUGGAGAAAUCGGAGAUCGAAGAGAUCUGGAUGAGCAAUUUUUUUAUGAAUUCAGGGGAAGGAAGCAAAGCCUUACAUGAUAAAUGACCUCUUUUCAUGUGUAUAUAGAUAUAGAUGACAAUAUAUAAAUAUCAUCCGUUGAUGCCAUUAAUGGCUAAUCAAGCAGAGCUUCAGCUCCAAAA